UUGGACGUGUUGCAAUAGUCUGAGUGCUGAGUCAGGAGUGCCAACUCAGAGCUGCUGCUGCUGUCGGUUCAUUUCCUCCUUCACAAGGCUCUCGUGUGAUCUGAAGGGGUUUUGAUAUCUCGUGGCUGUGUGUGUGUGUGUGUGUGUGUGUGUGUGUGUGUGAGCCCCGACAGCAAGACGCUGGAUAUGUAUUUUUUCCACGUUGUUUUGUGUUGAACUUGUGCCUCACCGGGCUUUAGCGCUGCACACUGCGGGGGUCUGGAUGCGGUCUUUGGGGGGGCUUCGCUUCUCGGGGGCUUUUUCUUUUUGUCUUUGGUCCGCUCACUGGAGCAUUGCGCACAGCACACUUUAUCUUCGGAAGCGCCUUGUUUAUCUCAGAAGAAGACCCAAGAUCGUAACGGGACUGGAGACGGUGGGACUCGGUGGGGUUUCGCGUGUAACGAUGGAUUUGUGCUUGAAGAACCUGAUUGCGGAAAAAAGCCGUCGGAUGGGAAAACGUGGCGCUUGAGGGGAGGACGUGCUUGCCGAGCUUCAUGAUCUCAGAUCAGGGGACCAUGUCUGUCCACAUAGUGGCUCUGGGCAGUGAGUGUCCUGGGGGAGUGGGUUCCGGAGAGGAGCCUGGAGCUCCAGCGCAGGUGCAAGGCGGUCUGCUUUGGAGCUACCUGGGCCAUGGAGCCAGAGAGCUGGACCCCACAUCCACCACUCCUUCCAGGCACCCGCUGAACCCAGCCUUUAUGGAGUACCAGUCUAGAGUGUUCGGAGACGUCCGAGUGAUGGUGCGAGACUGCCCGAGCUGGGACUUGUUGGACAGUGACUGGGCCAGUGUGCGGAGCGUCUUGGAGCAAGCUGAUAUUGUGGUCAUUAAGUAUUCUGUUAACGACAAGCUGGCCUUCCAGCAGGUCCGAAACGGCUACGCCCCCAGACUCCGCCCCCUCCUGCGUCACUGGGGCAUGCCUGUCAUCCUGGUAGCGGUCGGAGCGAGGCUUAACGAUGAAGGUCCGCCAUGCACGUGCCCCCUGUGCGCCUCUGACUGGAGCACUUGUGUUCCUCAUGGCGAGGGGCUCCAGCUGUCCCGAGACCUGGGCGCCACCUAUCUAGAGUUACCUUCACUCAAUAACUUCUUUGUCGGCCGCUAUUUUGGGAGUGUGCUUGAAUACUUCAUGAUUCAGUGUCUGAAGCAGAAAGCGAAAGAGGGACCUGAUAAGAGGCGGGGUCACCGGUUUAAUGAGCCCCGCCCUCCACACUUGGACCAACCGGCACGUCUUCCUCCGGUGCGAGUCGAGGAGUCCAGCUUCUCUCAAGACCUGCAGUGGUUGCUGGAGCGUGGCGCGCAGUUUGCUGAUGUGGUCUUUUACGCCGGGGAUUCUGGGAAGGACCUGGGAUGGGCGCACGCAGCUGUGUUAAGCGCUGUUAGUCCCUAUUUCAAGCAGCUGCUGGCCGGAAGGCAGGCGUGGGAGAGGCCAAUGUCGCGAUGUGCCUGCCGGGAGAGAGACAGCCCCCACUCUCUGCUGUCCACCUGGGACGGGGGUUUGGAUGACCUGACCAGGACGGACGGCCACCUACCGGGCCAACUAUCUCGGCUGGUAGUGAAGGACCCACUGCUGUGUAUAUGCAUGUGGGAGACGCUGAUGUUUCUCUACAGAGGGGCCUGGGAGUGGGAGUUUCUGGAGGAGGCUUUGGGUGAAAAGCUUAAGAACCCUUUAGCGGUCGCCCAGCUGAUGGAUCGAAUACGCUCAUUUGUUGGGAGAGAAAAGGCCCUCAGGGACACGGCGCUGCACGCUCCCAGCCUGCUCCUCAAACACUCGGAAACAUCUUCAACUCCCCUCUCUACUCGGAUGUCAUUUUUAUGGUGCAAGGGAGCGUCCUGCCCGCACACAGAGCCGUGCUCGUGGCUCGAUGUGAUGUCAUGGCCGCCAUGUUCAGUGGCAAAUAUGCAGAAGCCCGGAGUCGAGUAGUACCCAUACACGGGGUCUCCUCCGACACCUUCCUCGCUUUCCUGGAGUAUCUCUACACGGACACCUGCUGUCCAGCACAAUUCUGUAUCAUACCACAUGUUCCAUCAUAGCAGGGCGUUGAUGGAUGUUGAUGGAUGUUGGACGUCUUGUACGGAACUUAGCAGGCAGCAAAAUAUUCUUUCUGGCGAUUUUGAUUGCCAGUAGAUGAAUACGGGAGGCGGUACAGUGUGACACGGCGAGCCGACAGCUGCCAGGAUGAUUGAUGGCACAAAAACAAGAGAAGCCGAAGUUGAUUGACAGACGUGUGUGUGUGUGUGUGU